CUUCGCCAAUGCAUACGUGUGCAGACUGGGAGGACGGCGAGGCGGCAGUUCGGGCCGGUGCCGCUGAGGGCGCUGUGAGCGGCCGGCCGCCAGCCCGGCAUUUCCGCUGCUGACGUCGACAGGAGCUGUUAUUGUUGAGGCGGCAGCGGCGGCGGCUCGAGUGCGCAGUCACCGCGGACACACGAUGGCGUACGCUUACCUCUUCAAGUACAUCAUCAUCGGGGAUACAGGUGUGGGAAAGUCAUGUUUAUUAUUACAGUUUACAGACAAGAGAUUCCAACCUGUUCAUGACCUUACCAUUGGUGUAGAAUUUGGAGCUCGAAUGAUAACCAUCGAUGGGAAACAAAUAAAACUUCAGAUUUGGGAUACUGCUGGUCAGGAGUCUUUCCGUUCUAUCACAAGAUCCUACUAUAGAGGAGCUGCUGGUGCCUUGCUAGUUUAUGACAUCACAAGAAGGGACACAUUCAAUCACUUGACAACUUGGUUAGAAGAUGCUCGCCAGCAUUCCAACUCGAAUAUGGUCAUCAUGCUUAUUGGAAAUAAGAGUGAUUUGGAGUCAAGACGGGAGGUAAAGAAGGAUGAAGGGGAGGCUUUUGCAAGAGAACAUGGCCUCAUUUUCAUGGAGACUUCUGCAAAGACUGCUUGCAAUGUUGAAGAGGCAUUUAUUAACACAGCUAGAGAGAUCUAUGAGAAAAUACAAGAAGGAGUCUUUGAUAUAAAUAAUGAGGCAAAUGGCAUAAAGAUUGGACCACAGCACGCUGCUACCAAUGCAUCACAUACAGGUAGCCAUGGAGGACAACAGGCUGGUGGAGGUUGCUGUUGAGGUUCUUCGUCUAUCUGUCUGCUUGACUUGGGCCCUUUACCUUUCACUCUCUCCCUUACCAGUUCAAGAAGUGAAGCCAUUACCAUAUGGUUUAUCUAACAGGGGAUAUCCGGAAAGUCCUUCAUAAACCUUGUAAAACUUGUCGUAUAUACUGUUCUCAGCAGGAAUUUGCUUAAUGACAGGAUUUGAAAAUUGUACUUGUACCUAUUUACAGUUUAAUUUUUUCUGGUUAACCUUUUGUCUAUUUUGCCCUUGACUACAGAAUGGAUUGUAUUAAACACUACGAAUUUCAUCUGAGUAUUUUAAGUGUGUGGGUUAAAAUUGCUAUCACUGUUACUUAUUUCACAAUACCAAACUGUAAAAGCUGUCAGAUUUCAAAUGCUGUGGAGAAAUGCUAGAGGAAUGUUUUAAUUCUGUAUUUAUCAUCCACUUUGUGUAUAUAUAGUUAAAAUAACAAGCUUGGGUAUAUGUUGGUCGAGCUGAAAUCCCUUUGUAGUUAAGCAGAUCACAAACAUUUUCUGGACGACUACAGCUUAAAAUGGCAGUAUUGUUCUAGUUUGAAGCUUUGUCUAUUCCAAAUUUGUGAUGGUUUGACUUUUUGGGCUCACUACCAACUGUUAUUCUGUCCCCAUCCUACCAAUGCAACACACAUUUAUAUCUCCCAAAUGUAACUCAAGUUAAAUGUACAUUGUCAGAGACUUCAUAUCAUCAUUUGUCUAUUUUAAUGCCAAAUGUCUAUUCAGCUUCUUUAGAGCACCCCUUUCAGAAAUGAAUCAGGUUUGCCUUAAAGAGUAGUUUGACAAGAUUACAACAAAUGGCAGCUGAGAGGGUUCUUUUUGUUCUGUUUGGGGUGGUGCAUUGAAAUAUGUAGAACUUUUUUCUCAUUACACACAUUUUUAUCUGCAUGUAUUUCUUUGACCAGUAAAUUUAAACAUGAGCUUUAAAAUUAGAUGUAAAAGUGGUGUAAAGUUUUUUCUUUCUUGGCAGUUCUGUUUUGUCAGUGAAGAUCUUGUUUAUUGUACAGGGGUCAUAAAAUAAUAAACCUGCCAAAAUGGAACAACCUGGCAAAAACUGAA